CACUGAAAUAACUAUUGCAAUACUUUUUCUUGUUAAGCCUGGAUAAAACAGUCUGUCUCCUUUGAUGUCUCUGAGGAGAGCAUGUAUUAUGGAUGGGGAAAAACAACACAGGAAAAUACAUUAAUAAAUGGUUUAUGUUUAUACUUGGCCUGCUGAUUAGACAUAGUCUAACAAUCCCAUCUGUCUUCGCUAAGACAAGCGCCUGUAAGGAAAUGUCCACUUAGGACUGUUGUAAGACAUUUCCAUAUCAUUAGUGAAAUUGUGGAUGAAAGUGAUCUACAUGGAUACUAAGGUCACUAAGCUUGUGCUGAAUAUGCCAUUCAGUCGUAAAUCUGGACAGUAUACAAUGAAUCAUGGAAACGCAAAUCCUAGCCAGGACAAAGUGUCAUUUAAUCGCUCUGGCUCCCAGGACUCCUUAGAUGAUCUCUCACUAGAUGACUAUUGGUUGGAAGUAGAAAAUAUUAAGAAGAACACAGAUGUCAGCCAGGAGGAACAAGAUGUGGUUAAAGAACCAGAUGAGGGUGAACUUGAAGAGGAAUGGCUCAAGGAAGCUGGACUGUCCAAUCUGUUUAUGGAAAGUGAUGCCGAUUCCCAGGAAAGCAUGGUGUUUUUGUCCACUUUGACAAGGACUCAGUCUGCUGCAGUCCAAAAAAGGAUUGACACCUUUUCACAGACCUUAAGGAAGAAAAACAAGCACAAUCAAAUACCUGAUGUCAGGGAUGUUUUCAAGCCACCUGAAGAUUCAAAGUUAAAAAAUGAAACUUUGAAUGGGUUUCAAGCUACAGAAACAAAAAAUGAAGACUCUGCUAGCUCUUCACCCAUUGAUGAUACAAGUAAGAAGCAAAUUUUAUUAGAGGAUAUUCCUACCCCAGAAACCCCUAUUAAUCUAGAAAUUUCAUUUGCUGAGCAAGCUUCAAAUCUCAAAGAAUUUACAACCAAAAAGAAUGAGAAGGAAGAUGAUUCUUUGCUGCCUAACUUUAGCCUACAGCAAGACAAAACCGGUACCACAAAGAUUGGUGACUUGGCACCACAGGACAUGAAGAAGGUGAUCUCUUUAGCACUGAUCGAGCUAACGGCACUAUUUGAUGUCUUGGGUUCAGAACUUAAACUACAAAGGGCUGCAAAAAUAAAAGUUAGAGAAUCUGGAGUGUUUAAAGUGGCCUUGUCUGUCUUACUGGAGCAAGAUCAAAAGAAAUUUCCAGGGACCAAAGUGCCAAUGAUCUUUCAAGAUCUAAUAACUCACAUAGAAAAGGGAGGACUGGACACAGAAGGCGUUUUGAGAAUACCUGGAGCUUCUGCUAGGAUCAAGGUUCUGUGCCAAGAACUUGAAGCUAAGUUUUAUGAAGGCACGUUCAAUUGGGACACAGUGAAACAAAACGAUGCAGCCAGUCUCCUGAAAUAUUUAAUUCGAGAGCUACCUCUGCCAUUGCUCACAGUAGAAUAUAUGAAAGCUUUCCAUUCAGUACAAUUUCUUCCAACCAAAAAACACAGACUGCAGGCUCUAAAUCUCCUCGUCAUUUUGCUUCCUGAUAUACACAGGGACACAUUAAAGGCUCUCCUUGAAUUUCUGCAAAGGGUUGUGGAUCACAGAGAACACAACAAAAUGACCUUAAAAAAUGUAGCAAUGAUAAUGGCUCCAAAUCUGUUCUCCGUGCAUAACUAUCAGUUAAAAACUGUGGAUCAAGGUGCGGUGGCCAGCGCUGCCCAGACUGCUUCUGUAAUGCUUUUCAUGAUCAAAUACCAAAAGCUUCUUUGGACUAUUCCAAAGUUUAUUGUUGGCCAAGUACGACAGCAAAACAUUAUCAACCAGAAGAAGCUAACAAAGGAAAAAGCUAUGAAAAAGCUUUUAAAGAGAAUGGCAUACGAUCGAGAGAAGACGGAAAGGAGUGAUAAUGACGUUCCUCAGGGGUUUAUACGGAUACAAGCUCCUCACUUUUCCAAAGUAUCCAUGGCAGUUCAACUAACAGAAGAGCUGAAAGCUGGAGACAUCCUGGGACGGUUCCUCAACCAAGAGAGUGGUGCAAGAAAUUUAAAAAAAGAAGAGGUUUGUCUAUAUGAAAUUGGAGGAAAUAUUGGGGAGCGUUGCCUUGAAGAAAAUACCUAUAUGAAGGAUCUGUUGCAACUUAAUCCCAAUGCUGAUUGGGUUAUAAAACCAAAAUCUGCAUUAUGACCAUGAACAACAAAAGCAUAGCAAAUACAAAGUAGGCCGUAUUUUCUCUGCAGUGCAUGUCACAUUGGUAAUGUCCGAAUACUUGAUUACCUAAUGCAAAGUCAGUGCUCAGUGUAAACCUAGUAACUGCCUUUAGUGAGAUGAUUUAUUUUACUGCCAAUAACAAAACAAAACAAAAAAUGGUGCAGCAGCUGACACCUGGUUUGCUGGGUGUUACAUUUGACCUGAAUGUGCUUACAAUUUAAAAAGUAUACCUCUCUUUCAGUAUACCUGUUAUUAUUAUACAGAUAUAUUCGUACUUAAGUGUUUUAUUGCAUGGGGAAUGUGCAAAAUAAAUGUAAUUCACAUUUCUUAUAUAUUCCUCAAAAACGUAAGAAAAUUAUUUAAACAAAACAAUAUGUCAAACACGAUGGAAAUACAAGUCCUCUAUGCUUAUCUUUUUAUUUAGUGAAAUUCUAACUGAUUAAAACGUAUGGUGAUUUAAACAAAAAAGUCAAAUUGCACAAUUGUGCCUUAAAUUUAUGAAGGACACUGUAAGCAGUUUGUUUGUUUUUUGUAUAGAUUUUUUUUCUCUGUGUAUAUAUAUAACUGUCUAUAUUAUGUGGACAACUACUGACGUUUUGGAGAGGUUAUGUGUAGGCUUUUUUAUUUUCUCGUUAAUUCUGAGAUUUAACAAGCAAGUGUGUGCUGUAUGGAUGGACAACUACAAUUCAUUUUUUUUUAUAAAGAUAUAAAAACAUCUUUAGUUACAGGAACCUAUUAGAUCUGUACCUUUUAUAACUGUAUGAUCAUGAGCCACUUUUUUUUUUUUUGUUAUUAAGAUUUGUAAUUCAGCGCCAGAACAGACACCUAUUAUAAGUUGAACCCACCUACCAUGAAGCCAUUAGCCCUGAUGAAUUUUGUCCAGUCAAGUACUUCUGAACAGACAUAGUGCAUGUGCGCGGAGAAGUCCUCGAUGCACAAAGCACAGAUUAAGUAAUUGAACAUCCAUGCUCCAAAAUCACUUAAUUGAGAUGACAUGAAUGGCGAGACCUGAUUUAUAUCUACAAUAGGCAAAUUUGUAAUUUUGCAAAAUGUACUGCUGUAGAAGCAAAUAACUAUGAAAUGUAAAAAGAGUAUGUGGGUUGUGUACAUUGUUUGUUUUUGUGAAUGGUUACUAAAACCUCUCCUGUAAAUAUAAAUUCAAAAUGGUUUCUCUUAUGUUCUUAGUAAAUCUGCUAUCAUUUGCUUAAAUGUAUCCUUGUCCCUAAAAACAAUGGUUUCCAUAAUGAGCAAGUUGCGAGUGGGCCUGCGUUUUAAUGGGAACAAUGACUUCACAAUCAGGGCAGCUGAAUUUAGCAGAAUGAAAAGAUACAAAAUUACAAUUCUAACAAGAAAAAUCUCAACGAGUGAACUGGAUAACAUCUAGUCUGCAACCUAUUGUACCAUAUUGGAGACAAACACUGACAUGUAUUUGUGUAGUUGCAUUACUUCCUUUCAGGACAUUGUAUAUAAAAUAAAUAUUAAAACCAU